AUGACCGAGCUGCGGAAGGAAUGCCCUUUGGCUCAGCUGAUGGACUGUGAGACAGACAUGGUGAAGCAGAUCCGAGCACUGGAUAGUGACAUGCAGACCUUGGUCUAUGAGAAUUACAACAAGUUCAUUUCAGCCACAGACACAAUCCGCAAGAUGAAGAACGACUUCAAGAAGAUGGAAGAUGAGAUGGAUUGCCUGGCCGCCAACAUGGCCGUGAUCACCGAGUUUAGCGCCAGCAUCAGUGGGACCCUGCAGGAUCAACACGAGCAGAUCACCAAGCUGUCCGGAGUCCAUGCGCUGCUGCGCAAGCUACAAUUCCUGUUCGAGCUUCCGGCCCGUCUCACCAAGUGCGUGGAGCUGGCGGCCUACGGGCAAGCGGUCCGGUACUACAGCAAAGCCCGCUGCAUCCUCCACCAGUACCAACAGAUGCCCUCCUUCCGGGGCAUCCAGGACGACUGCCAGAAGAUCAUGGCUGACCUCGCUCAGAAGCUGCGGGAGAAAUUCCGGGACGGAGGCUCCGGUGCCAAGGACUUAGCCGAAUGCGUGGAACUGCUGCUGCAGCUGGGCGAGCCGGCGGAAGAGCUGUGCGACGAAUUCCUCUCCCACGCCCACUGCCGGCUGGAGGCUGAGCUGCGGAACCUGGAGGCCGAACUGGGAGACGGGCUGCAUUUCGGGUCGGCUGGCCCAGCCACCGACAUCCUUGAAUUCACGGACCGCGGGUGCAACAGCUUCGUCAGCAACAUCUGCCUGGUGAUUGCCUCCUACCGGGAGCUGUUCAUCAACCGGGAGGGCGCCCAGGGCAUCGCCCACAUGGCUCACGACAAGCUGGUGGCCUUCGUCGAUGGCCUGAUGGAGCGCUACUUCGCCCUGGUGGAGAGGCGCAUUCAGCUGGAGAAAGGGGUGGGCGACAACUCGCUGCUGGUGCGGGCGCUGGACCGCUUCCACCGGCGCCUGCAAGCCCUGGCCAAGCUUUUGCCAGCCUCGCAGGCAGCAGCCGUAGGGACGGAGAUCGUGGUGCGGGCAGCCAAGGAGCGCAUCCGUCAGUACCUGCAGGCCUUGGAGAGCUUCUACCUGGACUGCCUGACGGACGUGCGCCAGUCCUUGGCUGCCCCUCGCCUGGUGGGGAAGGAUAACCCCAGCCUGGCAGAGCUGCUGGGCACCAUCUCGUCCUCCAUCCUCAACCAGAUCAAGUCUGUCCUCACCUACGUUCACCUCUUCACAGCCAAGGACAUCAACUUCUCAAACAAGCCGUACUUCAAGGGCGAAUUCUGCAGCCAGGGUGUCCGGGAAGGCCUCGUGGUCAGCUUUAUCAAGUCUCUUUGCCAGAUCGCCCGGCAGUUCUGCGAGAGCCCGGGUGACAAAGGAGGGUCCAGCCCCCCAGCUCUGUUGCUGCUCCUCUCCCGCCUCUGCUUGGAUUACGAGACGGCCACCAUCAGCUACAUCCUCACCUUGACCGAUGAGCAGUUCCUGGUGCAGGACCACUCCCCCGUGACGCCGGUCACCGUGCUGUGUGCCGAGGCCAGGGAGGCUGCCCAGAAGCUGCUGAACCAUUACGUGAAGGUUCAGGGGCUGAUCAUCUCUCAGAUGCUGCGCAAGAGCGUGGAGACGCGCGACUGGAUCUCCACCAUCGAACCGCGCAACGUCCGUGCCGUCAUGAAGAGGGUGGUGGAAGACGCCACCUCGAUUGACGUGCAGGUGGGCCUGCUCUACGAGGAAGGGGUGCGGAAAGCUCAGAGCAGCGAUUCCAGCAAACGAACCUUUUCCAUAUCCAGGCAGCAGAGCCGCUACGCACCCAGCUAUACCCCCAGUGCCCCCAUGGACACCAAUUUGCUGAGCAACAUCCAGAAGCUUUUCUCGGAGCGGAUCGAUAUCUUCAGCCCCGUGGAGUUUAACAAGGUCUCCGUGCUGACGGGCAUCAUCAAGAUCAGCCUGAAGACCUUCCUGGAGUGCGUCCGCCUGCGCACCUUCGGCCGCUUCGGCCUGCAGCAGAUCCAGGUAGACUGCUACUACUUGCAGCUCUACCUCUGGCGCUUCGUUUCGGACGAGAACCUGGUGCACUUUUUGCUGGACGAAAUCGUGGGCAGCACGGCUCACCGGUGCCUCGAUCCCGUGCCCAUGGAGCAGAGCGUGAUCGAGGUCAUUUGCGAGCGCGGAUAGAGCGGAGAGAGGAAUGAUAGUGAGAAAAAUCUUAAUUUGGAUCCUCUGGAACAAGGU